AUGGCACACGACCACGACAGCGAUGACGAGACGCCCAGUGCGUUUCAGAAGUACUUCAACCCCAACUACUCCGCGGAGUUUAUGAGCAAGCUUCCUCAGCGCCUUCAGCAGCGUGCGAAGGUUCUCAUGCACUACCACGAGGAGUACGAGAAGCUGCGCAAGGGCUUCGAGGACAAGGAGACGGCACUGCGCCGCACUUACGACAAGGUGUUCCUUCCUUUUUACGAGCGCCGCGAGGAGAUCGUUUCCGGCGUCCGCGAACCCACCGAUGAGGAGGUCGCAAAGGGGUUUCCUAGCGAGCACGAGGGCAAGGUUGACAUCACGGUCGCGAAGGCGGAGGACGGCAAGACCGUCGCGGGUCUCCCUGGAUUCUGGCUUCGUGUGCUGCAGAACCACGUGGUCUCUGAUUCCCUGAUUGAGGAAUACGAUGAGCCGGUGCUCAAGCAGCUGAAGGACGUGCGCUCGGGUGUCUUGGAGGGCGCGUAUGGCAGCUUUGCCGUCGUCUUCGUUUUUGGGCCCAACGAGUUCUUCAAGGAGGAGACGCUUAUGCUGGGCGUCAUGCACAAGGAGGACGGCGUGAAGAUUAUCCGCUCCGCGCCCACGUGGAAGCCGGGCAAGGACGUGACGGUAGAAACCAUCCGUAAGAAGGUGGGCGGCAAACGCGGCAAGGGCGCCACGGCGAAGUCCAUCACUGCCCCACGGGACUCCUUUUUCAACAUCUUUAAGGAGCCCUCGAGCACUGACGGGGAAGAGGAAGACGACGAAAGCAUGGACGAGCAGGUUGAACAGCUGCUGCACGUUUUGCACACCCGCAUUGUUCCAUGCGCCGUGAACUUCUACACAGGUGAGGCCCCUGACGGCAGCAGCGACCUAGACACGGACAGCGACGGCAGCGAGGAGGAGGAGGAGGAAGAAGAGGAGGAGGAGGAGCCGGAGCCGCCCAGGGGUGGCCCGAAGGGGCGUGGGGGCCGCGGCGGCAGGAAACCGGCCGGCGCAGGGCAGGAGUGCAAGCAGCAGUGA